GAGGUGAGCGACCUUAGCCAGUGGCUUUCCCUGGAGGUCUGGAGAGGCCCCUGCUGGGGACAAGCACCUCGUGCUUGCCAAAGGCAGUGGACUGGGCACCCAGCUGCAAUGGGAUGGUGGUGCCAGCCCUGCAGAGCUCCCCAGACAUUGCCCUAGGGGCAGAGCUGCUCCAGGAGGGUUAUUGCAGCCAGGAACUGGGCAAAGGUUGGGAAAGUUGGGCGGAGCCUUGUGCUUUUUGCAGCUCUGCUGAGUGCCGUGAGGGACAUCUACCUUGGCUUGGAGAAAAACCCCUGGGGGGCCCCCUGCCCCCUGGGGGACCUCUCUCUCAGAUGGGGCUCCCCUGGGGCUGCAGCCACCCCAGCCUCACCAGCCAUGCCAGGGGCCUCCUGACUUCCCUCGUCACUCUGCUCCUCCUCUGGCUGGGCUCAGCCCAGCUCAGAGUGGAGGGACCAGGACACACUGUCACUGCCACCGUGGGGCAGGAUGUCAUGCUGCCCUGCCACUUGUCCCCUCAACGCGACGCUCGCACCCUGGAGGUAAGGUGGAUUCGGCACAGGUUAUCUGAGACAGUGCACCACUACCGCAAUGGAGAGGACCUGUACGGGGAGCAGAUGGAGGCAUAUGCCGGGAGGACAGAGUUGGCCAGAGAUGGUCUCUCUGCUGGAAGACUGGACUUGCGAAUCAUGGGGCUGAGACCCUCUGAUGAUGGCCAGUACUUCUGCACUGUUGGAGAUGUUGAUGCUUAUGCUGAAACCAUUGUGGAGCUGGAGGUGUCAGCCACAGGCGCUGACCCCCACCUCUCCCUGGGGGACUACGAGGCCGGAGGCGUCCGGGUGCUGUGUCGAUCGGCCGGCUGGUACCCGCUGCCGCAGCUGCUGUGGAGGGAUGCUCGCGGGCAGCACCUGCCCUCGGUCUCCCAGACACAUUCCCAGGACCAGGAGGGGCUCUUUGAAAUUGAAGGCGCUGUCAUCAUGACCGGGAGCGUGGAGGGGCCCUUGUCCUGUGUGGUCAGGAACAGCCGCCUCCAGCAGGAGCGGGAAUCAUCCCUGCACAUUGCAGUUCCCUUCUUCCACAACGCCCAGCCCUGGAUGGUGGCUCUGGCUCUGGUCCUCGUGCUUUUGGCUGUGUCCAUUGGCCUCGGUGUUUAUCUCUUUCGAAAGCAAGUGGCACAGAGCCGAGAGCUGGCGAAAAAGGAUGCAAAGCUGGGGAAACAAGCUGCAGAGAUAGAAGAAAAAGCUGAAAGACUGGAGGAACAAGCUGCAGAGCUGGUGAGAAAAGAAGCAAGGAUGGUGGAACAAGCUGCAGAGCUGGCAUGGAGAAGGUCUCUCCUGCCUCAUAAUAGAGUGAAGGUGACCCUGGAUCCACGCACGGCUCAUCCCUGGCUUGUUGUGUCUCAGGACAAGAGCAGUGUGAGAUGCAAUAGUGAACGGCAGCAGGUGCCUGACACACCAGAGAGAUUUCACAAUAGAUUAUGCGUUCUGGGCCAUGAAGAGUUCACAGAGGGGAGGCACUGCUGGUUGGUGGAGGUGGAGGGAGAGCGGCUAAAGUAUUCUUCGUGGGCUGUGGGGGUGACCAGGGCAUCUGUGGAGAGGAAGAAGAGGAUCAACAUGAGCCCUGAAGAAGGGAUCUGGGCUGUGCAAUACAAUCUUUACUUUCACAGCAGCCUCCUUCAAUGGCGAGACCAUCCGCCCCUGGUUCUGGGUGCAGACACUGAGAACUCAGCUGUGCCUGAGGGACAGCACCCCCAAGACCCUGUCCCCAGCCCUGGAGGGCUCCUGCCUUUCUCCAGACACUCCUGCAUCACCUCUCCUUGCUCCUGCAGGAGCAGCACAGGAAUGACGGGCAGUAGUGCCAGGGACUCUCCUUUAUUCCUCCCUGCUGCUGGAAGAGGGCUGGGAUGCUGCAAGCAGGGACCAGGCCCCUUGCAGCCCCUGGGCUCUGCCCUGCACGUGGCUCCUGUGCUGGGGCACAAGCCCUUCUGGCACCCACGGGUCUCACCCUGCCUCUGAGCCCCUGCAGGCAGCACAGGGGCUGCAGCAGUUCUCCACGCUCCUCUCCCCUCUUCUUGCAGACCCCAGGGCAAGGGAUGUGGUCACAGUGUGCUGCCGGCCAUUGGAGACCACCUUUGCCUCCUAGUUUGGGGUUGAUCUUUGCUCUGUGCCUGGUGCUGAGCAUGAGCAGCCUGAGGGGGCUCUUUGUUCCCUCCUCUGGAGCACAUCUAUGGAAGAUGCAGCAGCAGGACUGUGUCAAAUAAAGUUUUGUACAGGAAGAUGGA